AUGGCGCUUCGCUAUCAUCCAGAUGUAUGUCAUGAUCAACAAAAUUCUAAUAUUUUCACUAAGCGAUUUGUGCAAUUGAACGAGGCUUACAAGACGCUAUCGGAUCCUCUGUUGCGCGAUGAAUAUGAUUACGAGUUGGGUUUGAAAGAUUAUUGUAACAAUAGUUGUAGUAGGAGGAGCACCUUCACCUACAGUAUGGAUAAUUCUGUCAGAAAUAAUCAAGGUGCACAUAACAGAUGGAGUCAACAAAUUCUUGAGUUGAAGAGAAGGUCACAAAAGGAAGGAUCAUGGGCCAGCAGAAUAAGGAGAGCUCGCGAUGUAUCAAACCAUUGA